GACGGACCUCUGGGCCCCAGCACCUUCCAGAGACAAGGGGAUGCCCUGAGCCUGGAUCCCUCAGGCUGGGCCAGCAGGACGCUAAACCGUGGGGCCCCUCACCUCAGGCUGGACCAGCUGGAACUAUCAACCUUGGACUCGCUGAGAUUGCUGUUGACUUCUCACCAGUUUGCCUUUGGCCUUUGGAAGAUGGCUUCUAGAGAGAAACUGAGGGCGCCUGGCAGAAGGCGUGGUGUGAGAGAGAAAGUUCAGGGUUUCAGCAACAUCUGACGUCAACUGGGGCCAGGCUGCUGUUGCUUCUCCAUCGUCAAGACCAGUCACUGCAUGUUGGGGCUGGAAGGGACCUGCAGACCAGCUCAUCUUGGCUUCCUGUUUUACGCAUGGGGACACCAGGGCCCCGGGAGGGCAAGGCCAUCUCUUCCCCCAGCUAGCUGCAGCGGGAGAGGCUUCCCCUACGAGCCAGGAGAAAUCAUCAGGAAAUUCCCUGGAUGUUAUAACUCGUGACAGCAACGUCUAAUUAAUCAUCAAUCCUGUGACGCAACCUGGCCCAUACCAAGGGGACCUGCUGAGUCUUUGCAAACCUAUCCAGGGGAGUUCUGUGGACACUUCCUUCCAGACCUGUGCCCGAGGACCCAAGGCUGAUGGGGGCCCAGCUCUCCUCCAAGACCGAUGCCGAGGCACCCUGCAAGGCCCUGCGCUUCCACGCCAAGGCCAAGGGCGCGCAGGUGCGCCUGGACGCCAAGGGGAGCAUCGCGCGCCGGUGCGCCACCUUCUGCGACGGCAUCGUGUUCAGCCAGCGGCCCGUGCGGCCCGGCGAGCGCGUGGUGCUGCGCGUGCUGGAGCACGAGGACCGCUGGCACGGCGGCCUCCGCGUGGGCUUCACGCGCCUGGACCCCGCGCGCGUGCCCUCGGCCAGCCUGCCGCCCUUCGUGUGCCCGGACCUGGAGGAGCAGAGCUCCACGUGGGCCGCCAUGCUGCCCGAGGGCUGCGCGCUCGCGGGGGACGUGGUCCGCUUCUGGGUGAGCCGCCACGGCCGGCUCUUCGCGGCCGUCAACGCGGGCCCCUGGUUCCUGCUGCGCACCGGCGUGCUCCUGGGCGCCCCGCUCUGGGCCGUGAUGGACGUGUACGGGACCACCAAGACCAUCCAGCUGCUGGAUCCCACAGCCAGCGCCCUCCCGCCUGCCACGCCGUGGGUCCCCAGGGAGGAGACUCUGUCUGAGCCUGAAGCCGCAGCAGGAGAGGAGUGCACCAUCUGCUUCCAGCAUGCGGCCAACACCUGCCUCAUCCCCUGCGGCCACACACACUUCUGCAGCGACUGCGCCUGGAGGGUCUUCAGCGACACGGCCAAGUGCCCAGUGUGUCGCUGGGAGAUGGAGGCAGUGGCCCCCCUGGUGUGGGGCUCCUGCUCUGAGAACUGAAGAAGACCUCCUGGAGCCCGAGGCAGAUGACGCCUACCUCUGAGCCCGGCCCCUGCGGAGGGACGAGGCGGCCCACCUCUUCAUGGAGAAGAGUCAGAAAGGCUGGUCAGCAACAGGCGUGCAGAGCGGGAGGCCGGGGAGCCAUGGCUCUUCCCCUCCGACAACAGACGGGGGCCAGUGGAGCAAGGUGGAGCCCCUCUUUCUGUCCACACGGGGACUGUCUCCCUGAUGGGGUGCCUGGCUGUGGAACUGGCUCCGCCAUGGGCCAGCGGACUUCUGAUCCGUCAGCUUAGCUUCGCGUUCAUUUGUGCCCAGAGCCCUUGGCUGGCUGCCUGGUACGGAUGUCAUAGAUUUAGCAAUCCCUGGCACAUGUAAGUCCCGGGAUUCUCAAGAACCCACACAUGUCAGUGAGAAGGUCCUUUAUUCAGAGAGCCGGCAGCCUGAUCCCUGACUGUAUCGCAGAGGAAGUUAAGGUAUCUGUGUGUGUCUGGGGAAGCCCCACCCACCCUGGGGAAUGAAGAGCCUGGCCCAGAUGCAGGGGGGCAUCUGGGUAGAAUGUUUAUGGUCCCAUGUAGAAUCUGGGUCACCUCUGACAAGCCCUCCAUAAAGUGGGUCAGUAGUCACCCACCCUGCCUACGUUGCAGGGUGACUGUGAGGUCCCAAUGAGAUCAUGCAUCUGAAGAUGAUUCAACAUGUUGCAGUGCGCUGUUUUCACUGUGCUUAUUUCCUUGCCAAUUUCUGAGAUGUAGAAAUAAAGUUUGUUUUUUAUGAA